ACCUCUUUCCCGCCGCUGUGAAGUUAAGGAACUCAGUCCUCGGUGUGUCCCGCUCUCCGGCCGCGCUCCCUCACGGGCCAGGAUGGCAUUCUGUCUGGUUCUGCGCAUGGCGCUGCUGCUGCUCUCCGGGGUCCUGGCCCCAGCAGUGCUCACAGCCGAAGGUCCGCAGGAGCCCGCGCCCACCCUGUGGAACGAGCCCGCUGAGCUGCCGUCGGGAGAGGGCCCCGUGGAGAGCACCAGCCCCGCCCGGGAGCCCGCGGCCACCGGGCCCCCGGCCCCCACCGCCGCGCGGGGCCCCGAGGACAGCACGGCGCGGGAGCCGCUGGACCCGGGCAGCGGCUCGCUGGGGCCCGGCGCCAUCGCCGCCAUCGUCAUCGCCGCCCUGCUGGCCACCUGCGUGGUGCUAGCGCUCGUCGUCGUCGCGCUGAGAAAGUUUUCCGCCUCCUGAAGCGAAUAAAGGGGCCGCGCCCCCGCCGCACGGCGCGACUCGGCUGCA